AUGCUCUUCUGCCCAACAUGCGCCAACUGCCUCAUCAUCCAGCUCGAUGAUCAAGGUCACAACAAGUGGUCCUGCCACACCUGUCCUUACGAAUUCCCCAUCAUCCGCCAGAUGACCACACGCCAACAUCUGAAGAGGAAAGAGGUGGACGAUGUGAUGGGCGGCGAGGAGGCGUGGAAGAACGUUGAUUCCAUCGAUGCACCAUGUCCCAAGUGCGAGAACCCCAAGGCGUUCUUCAUGCAGCUGCAGAUUCGGUCUGCUGACGAACCUAUGACAACCUUCUACCGCUGCACAAAUGGCUCCUGUGCCUUUCAGUGGAAGGAGAACUAA